AUGAUAUAUUUAUUAUAUCCAAAUAGUAUUAAAAAUAAUUAUAUUAUAUCUAAUUUAUAUUUAUUAUUAAUUUUAGAAAUUUUAUAUAAUUUAAAAUAUUAUAUAUUAAUAAUAAAUAAUUCAUUUAAAAGUGAUUUUAAUAUAAUUUAUUUUAAAUUAAUAACUUUAUUAACAAAUAUAAAUAUAAAUUCUAUUGAUACUAUUCAAGCUAUUAAUAAUUUAUUUAAAGUUAUUUUACAUUUAAAUUUUAAAUUUAUUUUUUUAAAAAAGAAUAUAAGAGUGAAUAUAUUAAUUUUUAUAUUACCUUUAAUAUAUAAUAAUACUAUAAUAUUAAAUGGUUUAUAUAAAACAUGUAUUCAAUUAUUUAAAAAAAAUAAUAAAAUUUUUAUAAUAAAAUUUAAAAAAAAUAAUAUUAAUAUAAUUUAUUUAUAUAUAUAUAUAAAUAUUAAUUUAAAAUUAGUUUUAGAAUUUAAUAAUACAAAUAUAUAUUGUUAUUUAAAUAAUUAUAAAUUUAAUUUUAUAAUUUUAUUAUUAUAUUUAAAUAAAAAUUUAAAUAUAUCUAUAAAAUCUUAUAAUUAUAUAUUUAAAAAAGUAAUUAUAUAUAAUUAUUUAAAAUUUUUAAUAAAUAAUACAUAUAAUAUAUAUAAUAUUAUUUUAUUGAAAUUAUUUAUUUUAAAGAUAAAUAAUAAUAUUUUAGUUUUAAAUGAUAUUUUUAAAAUAAUAUUAAAUAUAAAAUUUAAUUUUAUAUAUUAUAUAAAUUAUGUGUUAGAUAAUAUUUAUAAUAAAAAAUUUUAUUCAAUUAUUGAACAUUUAUCUUUAAAAUGUAAUAUAUACAUAAAUACUUUAAAAGAUCAAUUAUUAAAUUUUACAAAAAAUUUAAAUAUUAAAACUUUAUUAAACAAUAAAAAAUAUAUAAAUAUUAUUUUAGAAAAUAUCAAUAUAAAUCCUUUAAUUCAAUAUUCAGAUCAAACAAAUUAUUUAUCUGAAAUUAAUCAAAAAUUUAAAAUUAAUAUGAUUACUACUGGAUUAAAUUCUAAAUUAAUUUUAAAUAAUAAUUUAAGGGAGUUACCUAGAAAUAUAUUAGGAUAUAUAAGUUUAAUAAAUACUAAUGAAGGUUUAACUUGUGGGUUAGUAAAUUAUUUAACAAUUAAUACUAAUUUAAAUAUAAAACAUAAAUUUAUUACAUCUUAUAAAUAUUUAUUUUAUAAUAAAUAUAAUUUUAAAUUAAUAUUAGAUAUUUUUGAUAAAAAUUUUUAUAAUAUAUAUUUUAAUAAAAUAUAUUUAAAAAAAAAUAUAAAUUUUAAUAGAAGUAUAAUAUUAACUAUAAAUAAAAAUACAUUUAAAAUAAAUAAUAUUAGAAAAAAUAUUAUUUAUAUUCCUUUUACAUAUUUAUUAUCUUUUAUAGAAAAUUUAAUACCUUUUAUACAUUAUAAUGAUUCUAUUAGAAAUUUAAUGAGUAUAAAAAUGCAUACUCAAAUAGUGCCUAUUUUAUAUCCUACUUUAAGUAGUAUUAUAACAAAUUAUAAUUUUAUUAUAAAUAAAUAUUUAAAUUAUUCUAUUAUAGCUUAUCAAGAAGGAAUUGUUAUUUAUGUAUCUUAUAUUAAAAUAAUUAUAAGAGAUAUAUUUAAUAGACAAAUAAUUUAUUAUUUAAAUAAUUUUAAAAAAUUAAAUCAAAAUAUAUUAUUAACAUAUAAACCUGUAGUAUGGGUAGGUGAAAAAAUAAAUGUAGGGAAAAUAUUAGCAGUAAAUUCUAAUUUAUUAUAUAGUGAAUAUAGUUUAGGUAAUAAUUUAUUAGUAGGGUAUGGUUCAUAUUUAGGGUAUGAAUAUGAAGAUGCAGUUAUUAUUAAUAAAAAAAUUUUAUAUAAUAAUUUAUAUACUUCUUUACACUUAAAUAUUUAUGAAGUAUCUUUAAAUAUUAUUAAUAAUAUACCUGAAAUAUGUAGUAUAAAUAUACCUAAAUUAUAUAAUACGCAUAAAAAAAAUUUAGAUAAAUAUGGUGUAAUAAAAGAAGGUACAUUUUUAUUACCAAAUACUAUUUUAGUAUCAAAAUUGAUAUUUAUGCCUUUUAUAUUUAAUAAUAAAAGUUUAGUAAAUAUUAUUAAUUUUUUAUUUGGAAGUAAAUUAAGAAUUUUUAAAAAUAAACCUGUUAUUUCUACAAUUAAUGAUAUAGGUAGAAUUAUUAAAAUAGAAGUAUUAUCUAAUUAUUUAUAUAAUAAAGUUAAAAAUAAUAGUAUAUAUUUAAAAAUAAGAAUUUAUAUAGGUAUACAAAAAUAUUUACAAUUAGGUGAUAAAAUUUGUAAUAGACAUGGUCAUAAAGGUGUUAUUUCUUAUAUUAAUGAUAUUAAUGAUAUGCCGUAUUUAAAUAAUAAAAUUCAACCUGAUUUAUUUGUAAGUGCUAUUGGUAUACCUUCUAGAAUAAAUAUAGGUCAAAUAUUAGAAGGUAUAUAUGGAUUAAAUAGUUUAUAUUUAAAUAAUAGAUAUAUAAUAUCUAAUAAUUUAAAUAAUAAUUAUUAUAAUAAUUAUAUUAGUAAUUUUAAUUAUUAUAAAUAUAAUUAUAAUAAUAAUUUUGAAUUUAAUAAAAUAUCAUAUAAUUAUAAUAAAUAUUUUUUAAAAAAUCCAUUUACUGGUCAUUUAAUACAAAAUAGUAUUUGUUUAAAUAAUAUUUAUUAUUAUAAAUUAGUACAUAUGGUAAAAGAUAAAUUAAGAUAUAGAUUUAUAGGAUUAUAUUCUGAAUUAACUCAACAACCUAUAAAGGGUAAUACAAAACAAGGUGGUCAAAGAUUUGGUGAAAUGGAAGUAUGGGCAUUAGAAGCUUUUGGAGCUUCUUUUUUAUUUAAAGAAUUUUUCACAUAUAAAUCAGACGAUAUUAAAAGUAGAAAAUUAUUAAAAAAUUAUUUAUUUAAUCAUAAUAAAAUUAAACAUACAUUUAUAUCUGAAACUUUUAAAUUAAUUAUAAAAGAAUUACAAAGUUUAGCUAUAAAUAUAGAAACAUUUUGUAUAUAUAACGAUCAAAAUUCAAAUUUAAUAGAAAAAUUACCUAUAAAUAUAAUAUAUUAA